CUGGGGGUAAUGGGCAUCACUGUCAGUGGAACCGUUGAGGAGUCUGUGACCUACUCUGCUUUUUAGCCUCUUUGGUCAUUGAUCUCGUUGAAGACUUUUAAAAGGACAAAACAUUCCAAGAACAAGAAGUUUAGGUUUCUAUAUUUAGCAACUUUACUUCAGACUUCAGACGCAUCUUUGCUCUCUUGAGAAAUGGGAAAGACGCCUGGUAAAUGGAUCAAGACUCUGCUUCUUGGGAAGAAGUCACCAAAGUCUAACCUGGUUCUGUCGGUGAAGGAUGAUUUUUCAAACUUAUCCCUUGAUCCUCCUGUGGCUUCAUCACAACAUGACACACCUUCAACUGCUCAAAAUGUUGUUGCCACAAGCAACGGUGAUGAUCUUGAGCCAAGGAAUGAUGUGGAUGAACUCAAGCUUGGACAAGCUGCUAGUAAGAUUCAGGCUGUUUUCAGAGCUCGUCAGGCACGUAGAGCAAUUCGAACGCUAAAAGGUAUCAUCAGGCUGCAAGCAGUUAUCCGUGGUCACCUGGUUAGAAGACAAGCCGUUGCUACUUAUUCAUGUAUAUGGGGAAUUGUCAAGUUCCAGGCGCUUGUUCGUGGCCGCAUAGGUAGAUCUUCUUCAGAUAAUGUGAUUCAUUGUCAGAAACCACAUAUGGAUGUCAAUGAUUCUGAAGCUUUACAAGUGAGCAUGUAUAGUUGGAUGGAUUGUCCCUCAAAAUUCAUCAUUGUCAAUAAGCUUCUGGUUUCAUCACAAGCUGCAUUGCCUCUGAAGAUCCAAUAUGGUCCUGAGGAACCUAACUCAGCCACGGUUUGGCUUGAACGCUGGACACAGUUUCAUGUUUGGUCUCCUCCUCCACGAGCAGCUAAGAUUCUUGCUCCAAAAACUAAGACAAAGAAGCGAAAUUAUCAAGAAGUGGCUGAAUCAGAAAAGGCAAGACCAAGACAAGGUGUCAAGAAACAAUCCGGCUCAACUAGUGGAAAGGUCUCUAACCGUUCUUCUACUACUGAAAGUGAGAAACCUAAACGAAGUGUGAGGAAGGCUUCCACGGUUAACAAAGAUCCCCUGAGAACUGAGACUGACAAGGCGAAGCCAAGAAAAAGUAGAAGCGCCUCAAAGGAGGGAUCACCGUUGGAUGCUAAAGAUGGGAAGCCUAGGCCUAAAAGGACUUCUCUUUCAAACACGUCGUUGAAAGUCACACGUAAAUCUGCUGAGAAGAAGAAAGAUACUGUGGAUUCUGUGCAGAGAGAGCUUGAUGUGAAGGUUUCAGAUAUUCUUGAAGUAGGAGACGAUGUUGAGUCUGCUGAAAAGAAGAAAGAUACUGCAGAUUCUGUGCAGAUAGAGCCUGAAGAGAAAGUUUCAGAUGUUCGUGAAGGAGGAGACGCUAUUGAGUCAGCUGAAAAGAAGAUAGAUACUGCAGAAUUUGUGCAGAUAGAGCCUGAAGUGAAGCUUUCAGGUGUUCUUGAAGGAGGAGACGCUAUUGAGUCAGCUGAAAAGGAGAACGAUACUGCAGAUUCUCUGCAGAUAGAGCCUGAGCUGAAGGUUUCAGAUGUUCUUGAAGGAGGAGGACACGCUGUUGAGUCAGCUGAACCGGAGAAAGAUACCACCGAUGUAAGUCCUAAGGAGGUUAAUGUCGAAGAAAAAGAGAAAUCACCAUUGGAAGAUGAACUCAGAACUUCAGAGACCAAUGAUAAAGGUGAAGAACUCAAAUGCUCAGAUGUGAAGGUAAGCUCUGAGAAUGGUUAUAAGGCUUCUGAUAACUCAAAGCCAAGUGAAAGACGAGUGUCACUGCACGCAAAUGGUGAAGAGCGUACACAUAGCGGGAGGAAAAUCCCCAGCUACAUGGCCCCAACUGCGUCUACAUUGCGGCGCCAUUCGCUGCCUUCUCCAGCCAAUGGUAAGCAGAGCAUUACUACUACGUCUCCAAGAGCUCACAAGCUUCUCCAAGCCUCGGCUAAAGGGUCUAUGAACGGCGAAAAAUCUGCUUCUUCUUUGAAGAACAAAACAGAUAAGUCAAACAAAACCGAGUGGAAACGUUGAAGGUUCAGGCAAAUAGAUUGUCAUAUCAUUUACACAAUCAAGCUUGAUAACUUAGUGUGCUCUUUCUUUUUCUCUGCGUUUUGGUUUGGUUUGGUGAGCUUAGAGUGUGUUUAGUCAGAGUUCAUGUUCAUUUCAUCCAUUUCAUACGUUGCUUCAGUUUACUUUGAUACAUAAAGUGUUUGAGUAAAUAGUUCUUCUCUGUAUAAAUCUUUUCUUUUACAUAGACAAGCCUGCGUUUCACAUACACUACACAUAGAAACCAAAGAGACUAAGCUAUUUCAUUUCAUCUUACUCGCGGAGAUUGACUGUAAGAAGGCAAAGGGGAUGCACCAGGAGUUACAUUCAGCAGAGGCCGAUCUUGACUAUAUCUCACCGGAGAUUUCUGCAUAUCAGAGGAAUGACGAGCUCUUGGAGAUUCCAUUUGAGUGUGUUUGGUUCCAGGUUUAACAGCGGCUUCUAGCUGUUCUAAUGUGGAUAAAACCACUGACAUUUUAGGUCUUAGCUUUGCCUCCGGGUUUAAGCACUGCAACGCGAGACUAGCAGCUGCAUAAGCUCCCUUUUGUGGAUAUUGACCGCCUAGUUUGGUGUCCAUAAUGCGGAAAAGCUUUCGCUUAUCGUCAAGGUAUGGUUUUGCCCAGUCCACAAGACUAUACUCGAGUCCACCAUUUGAAGUGUCCACGGCACGUCGUCCUGAUAUUAGUUCUAGUAGUACCACUCCGAAGCUGUACACAUCACUCUUUGCUGUCAAUCUACCUGUAGUAGGUGAAGAUGAGCUUCUUAAGAAACAAAAACACUCUAAUUGGUCAAAGAUUGUUGGUUAAUGUCAAAGCUUUUGAUUAAGUUUUUCAAGAUUUAGAAGUCUAAGUUUUUGAAAAAGGUUCUUACACGGUAGAACUUG